AGGGAAUGGAGAGGGAAAACAGGGUGGUGUGUGUGCUGUGAAUUCAAAGCUGGGUGGGUCUACACUCUUUCACAUUCCCAAAUAACUCCCGGGCCGUGCGUUAAAGCGCUUUCAGUUUUCAGAGGGCCACGAUGUUGAUGCUGGCUGGAAUCGUUGUUCUGCACAUUACCACCAUCAUCCUGCUGCUGGUGGCCACCAUCGAUAAUGCCUGGUGGAUCACUGAUACGGUGUCAACUGACUUGUGGGGCAGGUGGGAGUUGUCGAAGUCAGUCUGGCAGUACACCAACCUGAAAAACUACCCAGAGGAAUAUCUCCAGACGGUUCAGGCCACCUCAGUGCUGGCCUGCGUUUUUGCUAUUCUGGCCUUGUUUGUGUUUGUGGCUCAACUGUUCACCCUGCCCAAAGGCCAGAGGUUCACCUUCACUGGCAUUUUACAGCUAAUCGCCUGCCUGUGUAUAAUGAUAGCAGCCUCUAUCUACACGGCGGAGCUUAGCAAGACAGAGGGCGGGUACGGACACUCCUAUGUCCUGGCCUGGAUCUCUUUCGUCCUCACCUUCUUCUUAGCCGUCACCUACCUCAUCCUGCGGAAGAAGAGCGAGUGAGAGGGGAAGAGGAACGAGGGCAGGCCUGGGAUCAUAUUCCCAGUUUGAAUUUGGGAAAUUAAAGAAUAGGAUUUGUUUCAAAAUUAAGCUAAAAAACCUGAAGAUUGUUGAUCUAAAUCUUCAGCUUGGAAAAUGGGGGAAAAAUGUUUGAUUGCUAACAAGAGCCAUUUGUUUAUAUUUUGAGUAUUAUAAAUUGAAAUGGAAAUUAUGCUUACAUUACAUGAAGGGCUGAACUGAAGUGGCAGUAUGGGCUGCAUAAUGAUGGUUGUGAUUGGCAGGGUGAAUCCCCUACAAGUGCUUGUUUCAUAGCAGUAUAAUCAUAGUUAUUAACACAUCAAUUAUUUCCAUUGUUAAAAGAUAGUUACAUAUAGGUCUGGAGAACUCAGCCCAUACCUGUCAGUACUGUAAAGGAACAGUGAAGCAUUUUGAAAAUAUAUAUUACUAUUUUGCUUCCUUGCUAAGAGUUAGAUGAAAGGAUCAAUGUCUUGCAUUUGUUUGUUAAAUAUCAAGCAUUAGCAUAAAGACCAGAAACAGCUGGCCCGGCUCUCUCCAAGAGUUAAAAAAAAAAAAAUCCACAUACAUUCCAGCAUCUUUAAAGCUCACAAAUUAACAGUUUAUUUAGUUUGUUUAAGACAACUAGAAAAGCUGUAAGUGGGAGCACCUGCAUGGUUUUAACAUAUAUGAAACUAGUGAACUUCAGGUGCUGGUUGAUGGAUUGUCUCACUUUUUUGACAGAGCCAUGCUAGCUGAACACCCCCCACCCCCAUUUCCCACAUCUUAAUGUUUACCAUAAAUAAAUGAGUAGUCUAAUCUCUCUUCUAACUCUGCAAGAAAGAAAGAAUUAUUUCCCAAAAUGUCAAAACAUUCCUGUAAGAAUAGACCAAAGUUGAGUGAGAGGAGGAGAGAGUAAGCUAAAGCCCUUCUGAGAUGUAGUCGUUCAAAAUACUAGUACCUAUCAUCCUGUAUCAUCACGUUGUGAGGCUGACAGUUACUACUGCAGGUGUCCAGAGUUGAGUGGAAAAAUGCUGCAUCUGUGAAGGUUCAGCAUGUUGGCAAAACUACAACAUUCCUGUUGCAGUACUUGAACAAUCAGGAGAGGCUAGCCUUAAUUUACAGUACAAGUAGUUUUAAUCAUGUAUCAUUAUUUUACAACUGAAGUAUCGUGUAUCCUUUUUUAAUCUAUGUACAUUGUAACCAUUAUAUUUUUGUAACAUUUUGUACUGAGUGUUUUUUUUUUUUUUAACCAUGUUUGAUUUUGUGUCUGUAGUUGGCUGCUAUCAUAAGAAAUGUACAUGCAAUGUGUACAAGUGAACAUAAGUGAACCAGGGAUGGAGGACAAUGGUGUUUCAUUUCACCAUAUUUCAUAAUAACUAUGCAAUAGAAGGUUUUGUUUGUAAUUACAUUGGAAUUUAAGCCAUAUCAUUUAUUAAUAAAAGAAAUUAUUAAUCUCAUGUUUCAUCU